GAGUAUAAAAGUAAACCUUCUUCCAAUCCGCAUAACGUUUGUGUACUUCGCUUUAGAUGCAUCAGGAAUAUGAAGUUCUAUCAAGUGAUAGUGGCUAUUUCUGCACUUUUCAGUGUUGCGGCUGUACUGCCUGACUACAUUCACGUUUGUAAAGCGACCGAUCCCGAAUUGGCAAAGUGUAUAAAUAAUUCCAUCAAUCAUCUACGUCCGCGUUUCAAAUUUGGUAUCGGCGAUCUUCAGGUACCACCAAUGGAGCCGUUAAUUUUGAGCGAAAUUCAACUGAAAAGGGGACCUUCGGCGGUCGCACUUGAUUGUAACAUCACCAAUUUGAAAGUUUGGGGGCCCUCCAGUUUCAUCGUUACGGAUUUAAAGGUGAAUUUAACAAAGAACAAGUUCGUCUUCAAAACAUUAAUACCCGACCUGUAUUUUAAAGGAGAUUACAGCUUGUUUGUGAAUAUCCUUCUGAUCACCAUAAAAGAGAGAGGUCCCAUAGAAGGGAAUAGCACAAACUACGUUGCCGAUGUGGUAAUGAGGGGUCGGAAAGUUACGGUAAAUGGUGAAGAACAUCUCAAAUUUGACAAAAUGAAACUUCGCUUAAGUAUUGGUAACAGCAAACUGGCGUUGGGGAAUUUGUCCGCUACGGAUCCCAUUAUAAAGGAAGUAACCGAUAGUUUAAUAACCGACAAUUCCGAUUUAUUUAUCAGCGAAAUUAAACCGACACUCGAGAUGAGCUUGGCGGAGAAACUCACGGAGAUUGCAAAUAGAAUUACUUUGAGCUUCACUUAUCAGGAACUUUUCGCGUAAAAUGUAAUCGUGGGACUUAACCCAAAAAUAGGUUUUACAGCCUUCUUGCAAAAAGAAAGUUAAAUCAAGAAUGCUUCACUGCAGUGUGCAGUUCUUAUAUUUUAUAUUUUGGGUUGUGGUCUUUUAGCACAACCCAGGACAGUCAGCAAGUUUUUUAAUGGUUUGAGUCAUGAAACAGGGUUUGUGGGGGCUGUAGCAAUUCCGAUUAUUUCUGUUUUAUUCGUCUCAUUCAGGAGCCAUUGGUGGAAUAAUUAUACAAUAAGCAUAUGGCGAUAUAAUGAUCGAAAGUAAAAAUUAAAUACUUAUCCACUAUUCAAAUUUAUUACUGUUUGGGUUAAAUAGUCACCCAAUAUUUUGUAUGCUUUUGGUUUCAGAUAUAAUUACAAGUUGCCCA